AUUUCAGACCAAUACUCCAGUGAGGUGGAUGUCCAGAAGUUCUUCACAGCUCUAGGAUCUGGUGCUCCGAACAGCGUACCCGAAGAGAACGCUGGUGGUGAUGACCAGACCUUCGAAAGAAGCGAGGAGCAGUCAGUUGUCCUCUCAGAAGUGUCCGAAUCGUCCGGCAAGGUCAAGGUGACCGCUCUACCGAAGCCCUUAAAGCAGGAGCAGUUGAAGCCUCAAGACUGCUACAUCCUGGACACUGUCAGCGGUAGUAUCUACGUGUGGGUCGGAAAGCAAUGCUCGGCUAAGGAAAAAACUGAAGCAGUGAACAAGGCACAGGAAUACCUGUCAUCUAAGAACUACCCUAAAUGGGUAUCCGUAGUGAAGAUACCGCAGGGCACCGAACCCGCGGCCUUCAAGCAAUAUUUCAGCACGUGGAGAGACACCGGCAUGUCCCACAACAGACUGGUCUGAAACUAAGUACAAAAUCAUCGCCUGUGAAGAAAAAUACUCAAUCAAAAUCUGAAGUUUUUAGUAAAUUAUCUGUAAAAACCUAAAUAAUAAUCAUGACCAGAGAUUUAUACAAUAAAUAUUAAUUUAA